AUGCAGAAGUGGUUUUAUGAACGUCGAGCAAGUGCAACCGCAUGCAGUACUGUUCUGUCACUAAUGAUGGAGAAUGAGUCACGGACGAUGUUCGAAGCAGGUACUAGGCUGCGAGCGCAUGGGUUGACAAAUAACUUAACACAAGUUGGAAUAUCCAAUGACACGGACAUCGUAAACUUCUCGGAAAAGACGUGCACUUGUCGUGAGUUCCAGCUGAAUCGUAUGUCGUGCGUUCAUGCAACCCGUGCUGCUUGCUUGAGAGGUACGUCAUUGUACGAUCUCUGCUCACCGUAUUACACUUCCGAGUACUGGAAGGGUGCCUACGGAGAAGCUAUAUAUCCUAUUCAGCAUGAAGAGGACUGGAAUGUUCCACUCGAAAUUACAGAUACUCCUAUUAUGCCCCCUAGUGUGCGUCGUCCUCCAGGUAGACCACCCACACGACGUAAACGAUCUAGACACGUGUACACCACACGGCUCAGGAAAUGCACUCGCUACGGUGGACUUGGUCAUAACCGGACCACAUGUUCGAACCACACUGUACCACGUCCGAUGUAA